AUGGUCGACACCGCUGCUCUGAAGCUCGUUGCGCUUGGUAACCCUCUGCUGGACAUGCAGGUCCGCGAUGGCCAGGCCGUACUCGAAAAGUACGGCCUGAAGCCCAACGAUGCGGUGCUUGCGUCGGAGGAGCAGCUGUCGAUCUACCAGUACCUCGUCGAGAACUACCAGGUGGCCUACGUCGCGGGCGGCGCCGCGCAGAACACGGCGCGCUGCGCGCAGUACGUGCUCCCGGAGCACUCGACGGCCUACCUCGGUGCGGUCGGCAACGACGACCUCGCGCAGCAGCUCCGCGCGGCGAACGACCGCGAGGGUCUCCAGUCGCUCUACCAGGUGGUCGACACGACGCCCACCGGCUCGUGCGCUGUGGUGAUCACCGAGCACAACCGCUCGCUGUGCACUAACCUCGGUGCGGCUGAGAAGUUCAACAAGUCGCACCUCGACACGCCCGAGGCCAAGGCCGCGAUCGACGCCGCCAAGUUCUUCUACAUCGGCGGCUUCUUCCUCACCCACGGUGUCGAGAGCGCGCUGAUUGUCGCGAAGCACGCCAAGGAGACCGGCAAGCCUUUCUCGUUCAACCUCUCGGCGCCGUUCAUUCCCCAGUUCUUCAAGUCGCAGGUCGACCAGGUCCUGCCCUACGCCCAGCUGGUCAUCGGCAACGAGUCCGAGGCCGAGGCGUGGGCGCAGGCCUCGGGCCUCGAGACGCGCGACCUGGGUGAGAUCGCGCAGGCGAUCGCCAACUCGCCGUCGGAGGUGAACACGCCCCGUACCGUGCUUAUCACCAACGGCUCCAAGGCGACGAUCCGCGCGGUGCAGGGCGAGAACAAGCCGUACACCCACGACACGCCCAAGAUCAACCCGGCGGACAUUGUCGACACCAAUGGCGCGGGCGACGCGUUCGCGGGCGGUGUCGUUGCCGGCCUCAUCCUCGGCAAGUCGAUCGAGCAGGCGAUCGACGUCGGCCACAAGCUCGGUGGCAUGUGCAUCGGCCAGGUCGGCCCGGUGCUCAAGUUCCCCAAGGAGAACGUCGUCUAA